UUUGAGACGCGGAGUUGACGAGCUGGGAAAACGUCUAAACCGUUAAGCAACGGUUUCCGGUGUGCGCUGUUGUCAUGGCUAGCCGUGGUUGCUAGCUACGUCUUGUGCUGCCCGUGAAGAUAAUUAGCUCUACUUUAGUUCGACUACUGGCUCGCAGUAGACAGCUCGUCAUCUCCGUUGCUAAGGCCGACUCACUGGGGGUGGAGGGGUGCGUCGAAUAUUACAGUAAGGAAUAUCAUCAAAUGGAAAUAUGACACCCAGCAAGUUUCUUACAGUGUCUUUGGAACAAUGGAUUACUUUUCUUCUGAGAAACCAGACCAAGAUUGCUGCAGAGAUUUCAUCUCCUUACAUUUGGAUUUUUUUAUCAGCUUGUAAAUAAAAUCAACCCACACUGGACGUGCUGGAUCCUACACCACAAUAUACCCCCUCUCUGUGUGUUUCCGGUGAAACAUUAACAAUGCGUUUAUGCAGGUUGGACUGGCUCAGAUAGAUUAUUAGCCCAAAUAAGGAAGUCCAGCAAAGGGAUAGCCUCACUGAAAGUACAAGUUCUUAAAGUAACAUGGCCUCAGUGUGGAAGAGACUGCAGCGUGUGGGGAAGCAUGCCUCCAAGUUUCAGUUUGUGGCAUCCUAUCAGGAGCUAAUGGUAGAAUGCACAAAAAAAUGGCAACCAGACAAAUUGGUGGUGGUUUGGACACGUAGAAGUCGGCGGAAAUCAUCUAAAUCCCACAGCUGGCAGCCAGGUAUCAAAAACCCAUACAGAGGAGUUGUAGUGUGGCCAGUACCAGAGAACAUAGAGAUCACUGUCACUCUUUUUAAGGAUCCCCAUGCAGAGGAGUUUGAGGACAAAGAAUGGACAUUUGUCAUUGAAAAUGAGUCUCCGUCAGGACGGAGGAAAGCCUUAGCCACCAGCAGUAUAAACAUGAAGCAAUAUGCCAGUCCAAUGCCCACUCAGACUGAUGUCAAACUCAAGUUUAAGCCCCUGUCAAAGAAGGUGGUGUCAGCUACGCUGCAGUUCUCCCUCUCCUGCAUCUUUCUCCGGGAGGGAAAGGCCACAGAUGAGGACAUGCAGAGUCUAGCUAGCCUGAUGAGCAUGAAACAGGCUGACAUUGGCAACCUGGACGACUUUGAAGAGGAGAAUGAGGAGGAUGAGGAGAACCGAGUUAACCAAGAGGAAAAGGCUGCCAAGAUCACAGAGAUAGUAAACCAGUUGAAUGCCCUCAGCUGCUUACAUGGGGAUGAUGAUGAUGGUGGUGGUGUUACCAAGUGGGCACGCAAAGCAACAGCUAAGCCUGCUGCUUCCUCCCAAGAGCUGAUUAACAAGCUGAACUUCAUGGAGGAUGAAGAUCAGGAAACUGUUUCAGCUAUUAAUAAAAAUCCUUUUGAUGAGACUGAUGAUGACCAUCAAACGUACCCACUCAACCCAUUUUGUUAUCCUGAUGAGGAAGAAACUCCUGGCCAGCAGUCCGUAAGGCAGCAGGCUGAUGAGGAUUCCUUCUAUGACCACAACUCCUCAAAUCUGUUCAAUGAGCCAGAUCAACUUCAUAUGUGUUCAACUCCCGGUAACCCCUUUGAUGAGCCCAACCAGGACGUAAAUGCUCAGCUUGAACAAGAGCCUCUCAAACCCAGGCAGAAAAAAGGAGUACGGCCUGUUGACAUGAGCAAGUACUUGUAUGCUGACGCAUCUCACAACGAGGAGGAGGAGCUAGAUGAAUCCAAUCCAUUUUAUGAGCCGAAGACUUCAGGUUCACCACGACCUCAUGCUGACAAUCCCUCUUCUAAUGUGGGCAGUAGCCAGAAAAGGAGGGCCCCUCCACCUCCGGGUAUCACUACUGGUUCUGGCCCCAGUCCACCAACUCCUAAACCCAACUCUGGCCCAGACGGAGCAAGAGUCCAACCUGCUGGGCCCAACCCAGUGGCUGUAGUGAUGGGGAGAGAGCUGGCUUCCUCUUCACCAAAGCCCAGCCCCGCCCCGAGUCCGAUUCUAGGAGGGAAACCCAACGCCAGCCAGUCCUUGUUGGUCUGGUGUCGAGAGAUCACCGAGAACUACCGUGGGGUGAAGAUCACCAACUUCACCACCUCCUGGAGGAAUGGGCUGGCCUUCUGUGCCAUACUGCACCAUUUCAGACCUGACAUAAUAGACUACAAGUUGCUCAAUCCUCAGGAUAUUAAAGAAAACAACAAAAAGGCAUAUGAUGGCUUUGCAAGUUUGGGGAUCUCUCGUCUCCUGGAACCAUCUGAUAUGGUGUUGCUGGCCAUUCCUGACAAGCUGACAGUAAUGACGUACUUGUACCAGAUCCGGGCUCACUUUUCUGGUCAGGAGCUCAACGUGGUGCAAAUAGAGGUCAACAGCAAUCGUAGCACCUACAAAGUGGGUGACUUUGAAACUGAUACAAAUGCCUCCAUUGGCCAGGACAAGUUCUAUGCUGAACUGAACGAUGUGCAGCACUGUCAACCUGACUUUCAGUCUGCUUCUUCUGGUUUUCCCACUGAAUCCAAUGGGGCAGAAGUUGCUGAAGAGGAGAUGAUGGCACACCAGGCUGGAGUAGAUUUGACCAGCUCUUCAGUACCAGGGUCUUUGCAGUCCUCAACUCCUGUCCCUUUGCCGCGGACAGUAUUAGCAACCACAGCUGCAAACUCAACCCACAUGGUAACACCAGGCUCUGAGGAUAGAGGGAUUCUACUGAAAGCAAACACAUUGGAUUCAUGUGAAAUACCACAAAGAGAGAAGAAAGAGGUGAAGAAGGAAACUCUACUGGAUGAGGAGGUUGGAGAGGAUAGAGAGAAAAGAAACAAUGAAUCAUCUUCUCUAACAAGGAGAGAGAACUCAUCACCUCACCAGAAACUAGGCUUCUCCUAUAACAGGGAUGCUGACCUCAUUAAAAAGAAAAGGGCCAGCCUGCGUCACUCAGAGUCCGAGCUGACCUCUAACACCAGAUCCCCUUCAGUCAGUCACACAGAUUUCUCUGUUAAACAGGAUCCAUCACCUGCUUCUGCAUCAAGUCCUCCAGCUGAAAAAAAAGUUCUUUCUCGUCAGGAGGAGUUGAAGGAGAGAGCCCGGCUCCUCCUGGAGCAGGCCCGCCGAGAUGCUGCAGUGAAAGCGGGCAGCAAGAACGUCUCCAACUCUAUAGCUGCACCAAACAGGACUUCAGGCAUCUCUGAUAUGUUUUGGAGAGGAUCAGAAGUCACGAGGAAGAUGAUGUUGGUGAAAAGGGUGAGGAUGAGGACAAGAGUAGGGCAGAGGAAGAGCAGUUCCACUUUGGUGGUAAUCAUGGAGGUUCUGUCAGUGCUGCUUUAUUUGCUUCUGCACUGAUUACUUACCAGCUACCACAUGAUGCCCUUCCAACCACAACCAGCACCCAGGGACACCUGGAGCUUACUAACCCUGACUGCAAGCUAACUGCUCUGGGUCCAAACAGUAAGUUUGUGGAUUUGAAGCUGAAGAAGCUGGUGGAGGCCAGUCCAAGAGGAGUCACUUCCCCUUCAUCCCCUUCCUCCAUGUCCUCCUCAGCCUCACCCACUGCCUUGUCCACCUCCCCUCUCAGCCUCGCAGAAGGAUUAGAGAAUAAUGCAGAAGAGCUGCGAGCAGAACGUCUGCGCAGAGCCACAGAGAAGCUACGAAGUCCAGUUAUCUUCAACAAGGAUUCUGCAGUGAGGAAAACACAGCUGAAGUCCUUCAGCCAGUAUGUUGAGAACAGACCAGAGGUGAAGCGACAGAAAUCUGUUCCUGAAGAUCUAAAGAAGGUUGACGAGGACAGAGGUUCUCCAACAGAAGUGGACCUUUGUAAACCAUUUGAAGAAGAGAAGGCGUUCAAAGACACCAGUCAGUAUGUGGUUGGGGAGCUGUCUGCACUGGAGAGCGAGCAGAGGCACAUCGACGCCCGAGCAGCUCGUGUGGAGAAGAGGCUGCGCUAUCUCAUGGACACAGGAAACAACAAGGAGGAGGAGGAGGCCAUGAUGCAGGAGUGGUUCAUGCUGGUCAACAAGAAGAAUGCCCUCAUCAGGAGACAGGACCAGCUCUCUCUGCUGGAGAAGGAGCACGAUCUGGAGAGACGAUUCGAGCUGCUGAACAGAGAGCUGAGAGCCAUGCUGGCCAUCGAGGACUGGCAGAAAACCGAAGCCCAGAAGAGACGUGAGCAGCUGCUGCUGGAUGAACUGGUCAUCCUGGUCAACAAACGAGACGCUCUGGUCAGGGACCUGGACGCCCAGGAGAAAGAGGCUGAAGAGGAGGACGAGCACCUGGAGAGGACGCUGGAGCGGAACAAAGGCAAGAUGGCCAAGAAAGAGGAGAAGUGUGUCCUUCAGUGAUCGUCAACCAACAAAUGUAGCCGAUAAAAGAAAAAGAAAUGUAUCAACAGAAAUACUCACUUUUUUUCUUUUUUGAUAGCAACUUGUAGACAUUUUGAUCCUGACAUGGUUUCUGGUCCAAUCAACUGCAAAGACACCAACUUUAUUCUGACUCACAGUCCCAACACAGGUUUUUAUUUUUAUUUUACCAGUAUCUUCUUGAAAACGGUACCUGGCUCCGCCAGUCAGUCUGACUUUAACAGGACGGGAAUU